AUGUCAAAUCUAGAUCCUAACAUCUAUCCCCAUUUAAAAGUGAGUGUACCUUCAUUUUUAAUAAAAACUUACGAAAUAUUGGAAGUAUUUUGAGUAUAAUUCAUCAUUAAGAAUGAUUCAUUAACAAAUCUCAUAUCCUGGAAUAAUGAAGGGACAGCUUUUAUUGUCUAUAAUCCAAAUGAAUUGUCAUCUUAAGUCCUAGCAAAUUAUUUUAAACAUAAAAAUUAUCCUAGCUUUUUAAGGUAAUCAACAUUAUAAAUAUAGAUAACUAAACAUGUACAAUUUUAAAAAGACAAGAAAUCAAUAUGGAUUUAGUGAAUUUAGACAUAAAUGGUUCAGGAAAGGCUAAAAGUAUGAAAAAAUUAAAUCCUUAUCUCUAGAAACAUGAUAUAAUAUAUCAGACGUAGAAAUUAAGAGGAAUCAGAUAUAAAAAUAGAAACAAGAGAAUAAAAUCAAGAACUUGAUUAUUAUAAACAAGAACAUGAAAAUAUCAAAAUAUUGAUUUAAGAUCUUUAAGAGGGUCAUAAAGAAAUAAAAUAGAACUUGGCAAAAUCAAUAGAUUAAUCAACCUCUUUGAAUCGAUAAAAUUUUAUUACUAUGCAAGUAUUAAAAUCCAUAAUAAUUAGAAAAUUCAUUAAACUUAAUUAGAAUUUAAUAAAAAGUAUGAUUACGUGACCAUCAUGCUAACAAAUGUACUAACCAAUCUUCCAAAUAUAUGUAUAAUAUAAUCUUAAAAAACAGUAAACAAUUUUAAAGAAGUAUUUAAAUUUUGUUAAGACGAACCAAAUUUAUAGAAAACAUUAUAAUGUUAAGAAAAUGGAGCAUAAUCUCCAUACCCUUAAAUUUUACCCUAUAAUCAAUAUUAAUUUUAUACCUAAAAAUAAUAGCCAUGUAAAUUUUAUUGUUAUCAUAUUUCAAGAUUAUUUUUAUGAUUAGAAAUAAUGUUUUUACAAAAAUACUCCAUAAUUAGCCAUAACCGACAUGUAAAACAACUAUUAUUGUAAAAUUCUCUUUUAUUUUAUUAGCUCCAACCACAUUUUCAGUAUCAAACAGUCAACAAAAUUCUCCUUAUAGAUAUUCAAACAUACCAUAAUCAAAGUAUCUUAUAGAUUAUUCAAAUAUUGAAUAGGUAUAAAUUACAAUAUAAUUUUAGUAUAGCUUAAAUCAAUAAGUAUGA